UCUGUGAGGUCAAACUUUAUCGAUCUAUGUUACUGUGAGUCUGGGAUUUACUACCUUGUGCGUAAACAAACAGUGAUUAGAUGUAAAAACGUCCGGAAGACAUUGCGUCGAACGUUGGAGUACCUUAGCUUUUGCUAAUUAGAAUUAGCUUGUGUUUGCCAGGCCGGCCAGUGAUCGGAAGCCGAACGGUUUCCAUGGAGGAGGAAGGAAGAAACUAUACAUAGCUUAUAGUCUUUCAACACCAGUUGUGUUCAAGAUGUCAAUUCCAAAAAGUUUUCAAGACAGAAGGACGUUUACAAAAGAAGAUGGGGUUGGUGGUGCUGGUGAUGAAUUCUCUGUGUUAACUUAUAAUUUACUAGCUGCCUGUCAUGUUCAACGCUGGGACUACAGUUAUACAAAGGCAGACCCAAUAACUCUAGAACUCUCCUAUCGUCAUAACAUCCGAAUGAAGGAGAUCGCACAUCUUAAUAAUGACAUUAUCUGCUUUCAAGAGGUUGGACCAGCAUAUUGGAAGGAGACACUUGAGACAGAGAUGAAUAGGUUAGGAUAUACAGGUUUAUUUGUCAGGAGAAAGGAAGACAGCGAUUAUUAUGAUGAAGGAUGCGCAACAUUCUGGAAGGAAGCAAAAUUUGCUCUUGAAGACAAAGCUGUGUUUUACCUUGGUGAUGAAGCAGGCAAGAUUUUAGAUAAUUUGGAUAAUAGUGAUGACCCAGAACUAUCUACGAUGUUGAAAACUCGCUACGUUGACCGACCAGAUGUACUGUUGGUGACCAAACUGCGGUCAGUGUUGACCAGAGAAGUGGUGGUGGUGGCAAAUACACACAUCAUCUGGGGAUCUGAACCUCUCACUGAUGUAAGAGCACUCCAGUGUAGGUGCUCAAAGUUCGCCCUCUCUCAGUAUUUAGGUGACACACCAAACUGCUGUGUAUACUGCGGUGACUUCAACUCCGUGCCUCAAUCACUAGCCUACAUUCUGUCUCAGGGCAAACAUGCUGGGUAUGAUUUUGAAAAGACACUGAUUCCAGCAUUUGAUGGCCAGAAGCUGCUUCCUGUCUUCAAAAGACUGAUUCAAAGUUUUCCGGCAGAUGACCUACCAUUACAGAGUGCUUAUAAGACCUGUGUGGGUAAAGAGCCGCCCCUGACACACUUUGAUAAUGCCGUUCCAUUCACUUUUGACUACAUCUUUUAUGGAAGUAAGUCUUCAGGAAAACCACUAACUUGCCUGUCUGUGGUGGACAUUCCAGAGGCUGAAAAAUGGACAGGGACACUUCCUCCAGAUGAUCAUUUCCCAUCUGAUCACCUGCCUGUUACCAGUCGAUUUAAAUUUUAGGGAGAAUGAUUACUGUACAAUCAUUGUCUUGUCUGUAACAGGGUUUUUGUUUAUGGUUUAUUAUACUUUCAAUAAGCCAAUUCCUUUUCACAAUAUGAUUGGGAAUUCAAAUUCUUAAGGGCCAGUGGAUUUUGUGAGCACUUGUAAUUCAUUCAUGUAAUCAAGUGCCUAUGAAAAAAUAUUUAUUGAUUUGAAAACCACAAAAUUGAAAUCCUUUGAAAAAUAAACAAUUUACAGUAUACUG